AUGGAUAUCAUCAAAAUCAAUGUUGGCUGUGUAUAUUGUGAUCCCAAGGAACCCAUUAAAGUUUGCACUCGUUUCAGAGCUCGGGUUCUCAUCUUCAAUAUUGAGGUUCCAAUCACUAAAGGAUUUCCCGUGCUUUUACACUAUCAAACUGUAAGUGAACCUGCUACUAUUAGAAGACUGUUGAGUGUUCUGCACAAAAGCACUGGUGAAGUGACAAAGAGUAAACCUAAAUUCUUGUCUAAAGGACAGAAUGCUCUAAUAGAACUACAGACUCAAAGACCUGUUGCUCUAGAGUUGUAUAAGGAUUUUAAAGAACUUGGGAGGUUUAUGUUACGCUACAGUGGUUCCACUAUUGCUGCAGGAGUUGUCACAGAGAUUAAAGAAUGACAGUGGUGCAAGAACUUUCACCGUCCAACCAAAAUGCAGUCAGAUGCUCAAACUUCUGUUUAAGAAUACAGUUACUUCAGUUGAAGGAACAAGUGCAAUUAACUGGGGAUAAGAUGAUGAUGACUAAAGUCAGAUUGUGUGAGACGUCUGGGGAGCAUUCCCACUGCAUAACAGGAUGCCAACUGACAAGGAACUGCUAACGUUGCACUUCUCGAUCUCAAGAAUCUGAUGUGUUUCUCCAUGUGGAAUUUAGUCCUUAGAGAGCUUGAUGGAAAAAUCUUAGAAAGUUGAAUUAGAGAACAAGAUGAUGAAUCAUCAUGAAACAAACUCCUUACUUCCAGACAUAAAUUGUUUACAUAUUUUCUUUGAUUUGCUUUUUUUUUUUCCCCCCUGCACAUUAAUUCAGUAAAGUAACUUUAUUGGUCUAAUAUAUUUUUAGGUUUGAUUUGAAUACAUAUUCAGGGAAAAAAACCCCAACUAUUAACUUUGGUUUCAAGAGAAAGGCCUGUAGUAUUAUCUUGGGAUUGUUUUCCCUGUCCCAAAAUUUAUUUAAAAAGCAUAAGUUUUCUUUUGCUGUGUAGUGGAAGCUGUGCCAACAUUGGCUAAUUUUAUUUUUUAAACUGUAGAAAUAAUAAAAUAACUGUGUCUGAGCA